GUUACCCCCAAUAAUCAACAUCCCUCAGGACCCACCGUCUAAGAUCAGAAUGGAGGAACAGCGUGAAAAACAGACAUGUGGAACAAUUUGUCUGAAAUAUCUACUUUUUAUCUUUAAUGUUCUUUUCUGGCUGGCAGGUGGAGUUGUGCUGGUAGUGGGUGUGUGGACUCUGGUGGAGAAGAGCGACUACAUCAGUUUGCUCAACUCCAGCUACUUCUCAGUCUCAGUGUAUAUCCUUAUAGCCGCCGGGGCCAUCGUGAUAGUGACGGGAAUAAUUGGAUGCUGUGCCACUCUGAAGGAGAUGAAGAGCCUCUUGAUUGUGUAUUUUGUCUUAUUGUUCUGCAUUUUCCUGCUGGAAGUCAUUGCUGGUUUGCUGUCCUACAUUAAUUAUCAACAGCUGGACAACGACCUCAGGCAGAACCUGAUGGAGACCAUGCAGCAGAAAUACCAGCAGCCAGGGGAGGGGAGCAUCACACAGGCUGUGGACAGGCUUCAGCAGGAGUUUAAGUGUUGUGGCAGUAACAGCUCCACAGACUGGGCAGGUAGUGUGUGGAUCCAGGCGACGUGGAAUAAAAGGCUGGUUCCUGACAGCUGCUGCAAAACUCCAUCUGACAACUGUGGCCUUAGGGACCAUCCCUCUAAUAUCUACAAGGUGGAGGGAGGCUGCAUCAUGAAAUUAGAGGAGUUCAUCCUGAGUCAGCUGUAUAUCCUUAGUGCAGUGGCGAUUGGGAUUGCAUUCCUCCAGGUUUUGGGGAUGAUGUUUACUUGCUGCCUUUAUCGAAAUUUGAAAGAUGAAGCAUACUGAGACACACAUGACAUCACUAAAUGUUUGAUUAUACUGUAUAUUUUUUAUAUCCCUAAUGUACACAAGAGUGCUAUGAAGUCAUUAGUACAAAACUGUGACAUAACAUUUUUCAAAAGACACAUAGUUUAUAGGCAAAGUGGUCAUGCUGCUGGGCAGCACUGCUCUGUUUUGCAUAUUCCAGUGCAUGCUUUCUAUAUUUUAAAGCUAAUGGUGAGUGGAUGAACCUGUAACCAAUU